AUGUUUUUAACUAGAAGCGAGUACGAUAGGGGUGUGUCGACCUUUUCUCCCGAAGGUCGGCUUUUCCAAGUGGAGUAUUCCCUGGAGGCCAUCAAAUUGGGAUCCACAGCCAUUGGAAUCUGUACCAGCGAGGGAGUUAUACUCGGUGUUGAGAAGAGGGUCACCUCGUCCUUGUUAGAGAGCGAUAGCAUUGAAAAGAUCAUGGAGAUCGACACUCACGUCGGUUGUGCAAUGUCUGGUCUUACGGCCGAUGCUCGCUCGAUGAUCGACCAUGCGCGCGUGGCUUCAGUGCAACACGACCUAUAUUAUCACGAAAAGAUCGGUAUUGAAUCGCUCACGCAGUCCGUGUGCGAUUUGGCGCUGCGUUUUGGCGAGGGUGCCUCUGGUGAGAAAAGAUUAAUGUCCAGACCCUUCGGUGUGGCGUUGCUCAUUGCUGGUUACGAUGACGACAAGGGACCCCAGCUAUACCACGCCGAGCCUUCGGGAACCUUUUACAGAUACGACGCCAAGGCCAUUGGAUCUGGAUCUGAGGGUGCUCAGACUGAACUCCAGAACGAGUACCAUAAAUCGCUCACUUUGGCCGACGCCGAGGUGUUGGCUCUCAAGACUUUGAAACAGGUGAUGGAGGAGAAGUUGGACUCCACAAACGCGCAAUUGGCAAGUGUCACAAAGGAACACGGAUUCAGAAUCUACGAAGACAAGGAGAUCGCAAAGAUUAUUGAUGUUCUCAAGGAGCAGGAACAAGCCGAGGAGGAGUCUUGA